AUGAUAAAAGCAUUUUUUUUGUUUUUCGUUUGUUUAUUGCUCUCCACAGUUAGAGCAACCGAUAAUACCAACAAUGAUGGCCUUGUUCACAUAAUAACAAAGAACAUCGACUUGAAACAAUUACAAGGAACCUUUUAUGAAAUAGCAACCAAUGCAUCAGAUAAAAUUUUCCCAGGAUUAUUAUGUAGAUGUACUAAAUACGAAUUUUCAGGAUUAAAGAGAGAUGGAAAUUUAGGGUAUAUUUUAAUCAACUUCAGUUGUGAUAGAAAUUUCUUAUUCGGUGAACAGAAAUCCGAAAUGACUUUUAAAUUAAUAUUAAAUAAACCAGUUGACGAAAAUACAACAACUGUUGAAGAAUUUAAUGCAAGUAUUUACUUAGUCCAAGGAAACCAACAAAUACUAUUAAACAACAAUGUAAAUAUAAUAUAUGCUGAAGCCAAUGAACAAAAUGAAUAUGAACACUUAAUUAUUGGUGGCCAGAAAUCAACUGAACCAAUGAUCAUAUUGUCCAAAUAUAGAACAGUUUUAUUAGAAACCUAUAACAAACUUUUGAAUUCUCUCUACUUAGCUGGAUACGAACCAUCUCUCUUGAGCUGGCCAUUUAUCAUCCAAACAGAUCAAACCUUCUGUGAUUAA